GCUCUUCAGCUAUACUAGAGCCUAGCCACCAUUGAAAACCAGCGGAAGGAUUGCCGCUCUAGCCGCCUCCCACGUCAACGCCCUGAUGCCAGCUCGCAGUGGCGACUUUAAGUUUGAGGCCCUGAAAAACACUGCAAGCUUUGCUUAAUUUGAAUGGGAUAUUGUACACAGUACAGCUGCUUCUGCGUCCGUGGGUUCCAACUUGCAUUCCACCCAUCAGCUCAGCAACGGCCAAUUCCGAGUUUUCGCCUCACGGAAUCUCCCCACAGGAGCUUUCUCUGGCGUGCACCACAAUGGCCGCGGUCGAGACCCAGUCGCCUGUGGACGCCCUCCAAAAGUCCCUGGGGAAUGCGCUUCUGACGUCCGCUUCUCCUGCUGAGGACCUCGCCGCAGCGACAGCUGUCUUCAAUGGCUUCAUCCCAAAGAGGAAGCCGGAGGAGAUUGUGGUGGCCACAGGGGUUGCUGACGUCAUGGCGGCCGUCAAGUAUGCCAAUGCAAAGGGCCUCAAGGUGUCAGUUAAGGCCAAUGGGCACCACUGGCAGGGGUCCGGUCUCCGGGAGGGCAGCCUGCUCAUCAACCUGGAAAAGCUCAAGGGCGUCCGUAUUGAUGUCGAAAAGAAAACCGCGUCCGUCCAGCCUGGCGUGACAGCCAUUGAUCUACACAAGGAGGUGUCGGCGGUCGGGCUCUACUUUCCAGGGGGACACUGUCCCACAGUUGGCAUCAGCGGUUACACUUUGAACGGGGGGUAUGGCUGGAACUCAGGCCACGUGGGCUCGGCCAGCGACCACCUAAUCUCCAUCGACGUCGUUUUGGCCGAUGGAUCCUUCGUCAGAGCCACAGACGACAACGAGUACGCCGAUCUCCUAUGGGCCGCCCGCGGCGCGGGCCAGGGCUUCUUCGGCGUCGUCACGUGCUUCGAGUACCGCCUCGAUCUUCUGCCACGUGGCAUCACCCUGAUGCAGUCCGUGUUCCCGCUGGACAGCGCCGCUGACGUCAUCAAGUUCUGGAACGAGAAGCGGGCGGAGCUGCCGAGCCACAUGGAGGUCGUCACGAUCAUGGCGACCGGUCCUACCGGCCACCGGUGCACGGUCUUCCUGGGCGUAUCUUUCGCGGACACCGAGGAACAGGGGCGCAAAGACCUGGCCGUUCUUGAAGACUGCCCGGUGCAGCCGCGUCUAGUUCACGACGUGCACCCGAGUGAUGUGUACGAGAUUUGGGGCAUCCUGGACAAGGCGUUCCCGAAGAACUGGAACAUGAACGUCGACGUCGCCGUGGUUCCGUUUGAGGCAACGACCGACAUGGCCGCUUCCCUGGCGGAGCACUUCAAGACCUCCCCCUCGCCGCUGGACCACGUUCUUUUCGCGGGCAUCGGCCCCAAGGCCGGCAGCGUCAAGAGCGCAUUCUCACCCGAGGGAAACUUCGAGCCCGCGGUCUAUGUGGGCUGUUACGGAAUCAUUGAAAAAAUCGACGUAGGAAAAGAGCAGGAAGUUGUUGACUGGACGGUCAAGGGGCAGGACCUUGUGUGGCCGCACGCGGUGCGCGGCUACGUGGGCGAGGGCCGGCAAGAGACGGCCAAGCUGCGCAGGUGCUACACGCCCGAGGCGUGGGACCGGUUGGAAGAGCUCCGGGAGAAGUACGACCCGGCGCGUCUUUUCCUGAGCUGGCUCGCCGCGGACCCGACCUUCGUGCAGUGACCGGUUUGAGUGCCCGGUAGAUCGUCUUGGGCUUCUCGGCUAGCCCUCAUGCAGUGACCGGUUUGAGUGCCCGGUAGGUCGGUAUUGGGCUUUUCGGCUAGCCCCCCCGGAGAAACUAGUGGGAUGCAGCAAGGAGAGAUACUUGCGGGUGGGGAAAUCAGCCCGAGGCGGCUGAGGAGUACUUGGUUUGUUUGUGAGUGCCCCGUAGCUCGGCGCGUUUGACUUGUAUCAACAUUGCGGUUGAAAGGGGACUUGAAAAGGACCGGGGUGAUUACGUAGAUUGCGGUUUUUGCACGUUGUUGAGAUAGACAAGUUGAUACUUUGAAAACUUGCCGGUGAACGAGGAUAUAAAUCCCCAGGCAAAGACCAAAAUACUAGAACAGCUCCUAAAUGAGGAUUUGGCGACUGUCUAGUGGCAUAGGCAGUGAUGGACUAUUACGGUGCGAAAGACACCAAAUGAAAGUCCUUAUAAAAGGCGAAACCACGUGUUUAGUGUCAAAUACCGAGUGUGGACGGUAUAACGCUUUAAGGGUGCAUGUACGUUGUGUCGAAAGAAAUUCGGGCGGGAGUUAGUGUUAUGCGCCAAUUGAGACGCCGAGACGAGUAGGCCAAAGCUUUUCCGACUCCAGCGACCAUGUACGAUUCAUAAGACGUGUGCAUAAGGAUUGAUUUGUAAGGGCUGGAAGGUAGUCUAUUU